GAAAAUAAUUAUGUCACAAGAAGAACUUUAGAAUGAGAAUAUCAAUAAGAUUAUAACCAUCAUUAAUAAAGCAAUAAAAAGUAUGUUAAUUCUUUCUAUAAAAGAAUGUCCUUUGUAUGAACAAUAGUAAAAUUAUUUACUUGAAUCAAGAAAAAUUGUAUUGUUUAAUGAGGCCCUAAAAGACUAAAUCUCUAAGUGUUAAGAUGAAAUAAGGUUACUUUAAAAGGAAUUAGCUUAACCUUCUAAAAAGUUAAGAAGAAAAGCUAUUGAGAUUUCAAAAAAGUAUAAAUGUUCAAACUGUGAAAAAAACUAUGGUUCAGAAGCAUCACUAAAUUUACAUUGUAAAAUAAAGCAUACUUUUUCAGAAACAGAUUCAAAAACUUAAAUUGAUCACAGUUUUUAAAUUUGA